AUAGGGGGUGGUGGGUGCGCUUUGUAUCUUAUCCUCGGCAGUUGAUUGCGGUUCACUUCUCUGGUUUCGCACUUUAGCUCCGAUAUCUGGAGGCGUCUUUCUUCAAGAAUAGAAAAAGCGAAGCAUAACCCAGAUCAGAUAAGCGAGAGACAGAGGAUUACUGUUGUUCAGUUUCAGAUAGCAAGCUUUUUUCAUUUAUUGAAGUUUGAAACGAGAAGGGGUUGAGUUGAGGUUUUCCUUCAAGUCUCCGAGUAGAGAGGAAAGGGAAAGGGUAAGGUUUUAUUCUUUCUUCGAGAAUAAAAAAUGGCUGUUGUGGACGUUUUGGUUUCUCGUACCGGAAGAGAUUUGCAGCGCUAUGAUGAGGUCGGCCGUCGCCAAGUCGUUGGAUGCAUUCCAUAUAGAUGCAAUAAUCCUUCCAAUGAUGCCGAUAUCAACGAUUUGGAGGUUCUCAUGAUCAGCUCACAGAAAAAGAGACAUAUAAUGCUGUUUCCAAAGGGAGGUUGGGAACAAGAUGAAUCAAUCGUACAAGCGGCUGAGCGCGAGACAUAUGAGGAAGCCGGUGUGACAGGCACUAUUAAGACAGGAUUGGGUAGAUGGUUAUUUAAGAGCAAGAGGUUUGGUUCAGAUUAUGAGGGAUAUAUGUAUCCUUUGCUUGUCGAGAAGCUACUAGACAACUGGCCUGAGAAGAAUGUACGCCAAAGAAAAUGGAUGACUGUGGAUGAAGCCAAAAAAUCCUGCCCGCAUGAUUGGAUGAUUGAAGCUCUGGAGGAAUUGGUACUUCGUCUGCAACAGAAAGGGAAUUAAGUUCUUCCUUGUUAUUUAAUCCAGGAGAUGAGGAGAUGGCAGCAGUUGACUGUAAAUAUUUAGACCGAUGACAAAGAGACGGAGAACAGAGGAAAGAAGAGGGGAAAGGUACGGAAACACACGAUGCAGAAUUGCAGAAUUCUGAAUUCCAGUCCCCCCCUCCCCUACAACUGGCCCUCUCCCCUUAAUCCUGCACGGUCAGGAUGCAUUCCCCCUGUACUUUGGGCCUUGUAAAUUCUGAUCUGGGCUGAUUGGUACUUCUCCCAAAGAAGAAUCCUUGAUGACUGAGAACAGGAGAAGCAAAAUUGUACAUGCUGAGUGGUUUGGAAAAAUCCACGAAGAUUACUGGGAAAAGAAAACAUCAAAUUGUAUAAUUCGACCCAAUUUUUUUUAUUAAAUGAAAUUGGGUGAUUCCAUCACAACCUUAAAUUGUCAUUAAAAACAUAAUAAUUAAUUUUUUGAUGUUGCAGCGGUUCUGAGUCUGCCUUGUGAUAAAUAGGAAGGAGGGGGGAAAAUCUCCAACUGCUUUUAUGUGUACACGUUGUGGGGGAUUUCUAACUUGGGGUUGGUGCUGAUUCCGUGUCUAUGGUUACUGUGCUUCGUAAACAUUAUUAUCAUGUGCAAGCGUGUUUUCUAUUACUUUGUAGGACUCAGUGGGAUGCUGCUGAUGCAUGAA